CCAUCAUCGCGAGAUUUUUUCACAACUCUGAACAUUUUAUUCGUUCAAUUUCUUCUGCCACGAAUAUCUUUUGAGUGUAUUUUAAAUCACCGAAAACUCGUGCCGUGUAAGCUUCAUAUCCUCAUUCUUCUUCUUUGCAUAACAAUUCAUAAAAGUACCGACAUGUCUAACACAGAACGUAGCUUUUUGAUGGUCAAACCUGAUGGAGUUCAUAGAGGACUCGUUGGUGAGAUUAUUAAACGUUUCGAAGCUAAAGGAUUCAAGCUUGUUGCAAUGAAGUUUAUGUGGGCCUCGAAAGAAUUAUUGGAAAAGCAUUACGCUGAUUUGAGUGCUCGUCCAUUCUUCCCUGGUCUUGUUAGCUACAUGAGUUCCGGACCAGUUGUUCCAAUGGUAUGGGAAGGUUUGAACGUUGUUAAGACCGGACGUGUUAUGCUUGGAGCCACAAAUCCAGCUGAUUCAGCACCUGGAACAAUCCGCGGUGAUUUAUGCAUUCAAGUCGGAAGAAAUAUCAUUCAUGGAUCUGACUCAGUUGAAAGUGCAAACAAGGAAAUUGCUUUGUGGUUCAAGGAUAACGAGUUGGUCAGCUGGACACCAGCAAGCGUUAACUGGGUGUACGAAUAAAACAUUCGCAGGCUCCCAAUCAUCAACAUCAAACUGUGAAAAAAUUCCAACAUAAUUAAAAAGAAAAACACAAAAACAGCAUUUAAAUUAUGAAAACAAAGUUGAAAUAAAAGAAAAUUUCCUUUAAUCUGA